CCUUUUGGUAAUAUGUACUGUAUAUAUGUUUACGCAUUAUAUGCUACAUAUUUCUGUGACCAGAGCUUCUUCAUUUUGUAAUUGAUUACGUUACAUGUUGUUAUGCUAUCCAAGAGGUACCUUUCGAAGGUUUUCAUCUCCUCUCAUUUUGAAAUUUUUUUUUGAAAUUCAAGCUGUCGCAAAUAAAAAGAAAAGGGCCGUUUCAAUUCAUUAUCUUAUCGCUUUAUUUUUUAUUUAUAUUGUUUGUUUGUUCCUUUUCUUUUUUUUUGCGUUCAUAUAAAUAACGUUCUGCGCCCCUUUUGUUACGUCACCUCCACGUAUAUCUACGUACAUCCAUGUGCUGAGGCGUACAUGUGCUGAGGCGUACAUGUGCUGACGCAUACGUAUGUAUAUAUAUGCCUAUGCGCGCGUGUCGACUCCUGCUACUCGCACAUAUAUAAAGCCGCUGGAGCAGUGCAUGCAUACGUGUAGAUACCACCUGCAUAUGCUCGUUAACACCGCCGCAAGUGUACAGCGCACCCGUACAGCUACGCAAACGUUAUUCGCAUUUGCCUCUUUUACAAACCACUCCGCGAUUUAUGCAAAAUGGGAAGCACAGAGGAAGUGUCACAGGAACGGGCCGAGAAUUCGAUCCAGGUGUCCAUGACGAAGAAGCCAACGUUCUAUGCCCGCAUCGGAAAAAGGAUGUUCACCGGAAAUGAGGAAAAGAGCCCAUUCGACGAAGUUAUAAUAACCGGCUUGGGCAGCGCCACCAAAAUUGCAAUUGGUGCAGCGUCCAUUAUGGAAAAGGAGGACAUAGGGCAAAUCACCAAAAUUCAAACGGCCUACUUCAGCUCGGAUCGAAUCAACAGGAGGAUACCCAAAAUAACCAUCGUUCUGAAGAAGCACCCAGAUUUUGUCGCAAGCUAAGAGGAGGACGUUGACGAAACAUGUAGCGGAUAAUAGACGUGCCAAAAGAAUAAUGCAUGUGCCGUUUGGGAACUAGCCAAGCAUGUAUAUGGUGAGACGUGCACCAUGAAGUAUCAGCAGAACGGAAGA